AUGGCAAACUUUGGUCCAAGGGAGACUUCUCCCAACAUCAGUGUUGGACUACCCACUGAGAGAGACAUACUCACAAGGAGAUAUGAUCUGGUCGAACAAAUGCAGUUCUUGUACGUCAGAGUUGUCAGGGCCAGAGACUUGCCUCCAUGCGCUCCUUACGUCGAAGUCAGACUUGGAAACUACAAAGGAACCAUCGAUCGCUUCUUUCAGAGGACGUCAUUCCCUGUAUGGAACCAAGUCUUCGCCUUCGAGAAAGACAGAAUUCAGGACUUGAAUCUCGAGGUUGUCGUAAGAGACAGAAUGGUCACGCCCCAUGCAAUCGUGGGUCGGGUUCGGUUUCUCGUGCCUGAUGCCCCGAAACGAGUACCGCCGGAGAGUCCAUUGGCACCGCAGUGGUAUAAGCUCGAGGAUCAGAACGGGACACUACUUGUAUCAGGUGAUGUCAUGUUGGCUGUGUGGAUGGGCACUCAAGCAGAUGAGUUUUUUCCUCAAGCUUGGCUCUCAAAUAGUACUUCGAUUAGCAUUGAUACUGUUGCUUAUACUUAUUCCAAGGUAUAUAUUUUACCUACAUUAUGGUAUCUCAGAGUCAAUGUGAUUCAAGCUCAAGAUUUGCUCCUUAGAUUUCAUCCUGAGAGCUCAGAUUUAUUCGUCCAAGUUGAUCUGGGGCGCUUGCGUUUAAGAACAAGCUUUUCUAAGAAGAAGAACCCAAACCCAUUAUGGAAUGAGGACUUGAUGUUUGUAGCACAAGAGCCGUUCAAGGAGUCCUUAGUAAUCAGCGUAGAGCAAGGGACUUUAGCUGACCAUGUAAGUUUAGGAAAGUGUGUGAUUCCUCUGAAAAACGUGGAUAAGAGAUUAGAUGGUGGAGGGGUGGCAAGUAGAUGGUACAACCUUGACAAGCCAGGGCCUAGUGUGAUUGAUCCUUCCCAAGAGGUAGUGUUUGCUAGUAAGUUCAACGCAAGGAUCUCAUUGGACGGUGCAUAUCACGUGCUGGACGAGCAUACUGAGUAUUGCAGCGAUUUCAGAGCAUCGGCAAAGAAGCUUUGGAGACCUAGCAUUGGGGUUUUAGAGUUGGGGUUGUUAAAGGCAUCUGGGUUGGAGCCAAUGAACAUGGGGGCUCGAACCCAUGCAUAUUGUGUGGCUAAGUAUGGUCCCAAGUGGGUUCGCACAAGGACAAUAGUUGACAGUCUUUCUCCUGUGUGGAACGAACAGUACAUGUGGGAGGUUUAUGAUCCAUACACAGUUAUUACUAUUGCAGUAUUCCACAACAAUCAACUAGAUGCAGAGAACAGGGCUAGAGGAGCAAUGGAUACCUUGAUGGGUAAGAUACGAAUUCGACUGUCCAUGCUUGAGCGUAGCAAAAUAUACACCCACUCUUAUCCUCUCAUAUGUCUGCAACCAUCGGGAGUGAAGAACAUGGGAGAAAUCCAUUUGGCCCUCAGGUUCUCUUGGCCGUUUUGGUCUUUCCUUAAUGUGCAUCAAUUCUACAUACUGCCUCUGUUUCCCAGACACCAUUACAUUUUCCCAUUGUCUCCAACUCAGAUUGAUAAUUUAAGAAACCAAGCUGCUCAUGUUACAUCGCUAAGAUUGAGCAGUGCAGAACCGCCGUUGCAUAGAGAGGUGGUGUUUGAUAUGCUGGAUGUGAGAUCAGCCAUGUGGAGCAUGAGAAAAGGUCAAGCUACUCUGAGGAGGAUCAAGAAUCUUAUGGGUGGCUUUGUUUCCUUGUGGAAGUGGUUGGAGGAUGUUAGAUACUGGAAGAAUCCUCUUACGACCUUUCUAUUUUACUUGCUCUGCAUUCUUGUGCUUCUCUUUCCGAAACCACUGUUACCCUUGGGGAUUUUCUACCCUUUUUCCCUUGGGCUGAAGUGUUACUUCAAGAGGCCCAAGCAUCCUCCUUACAUAGAUGCAGAAUUGUCCUGUCUUGAUGCAGCAAGUCCUGAUGAUUUAGAAGAAGAAUUUGACAUGUUUCCGAGUCAAUUCGAAGGAGAGCGUUUGAGAAGAAGAUAUGAUCGAUUGCGAGCCGUUGGAGGGACUGCACAAAGAAUGGCAAAUGAGGUGGCAACUAUGGGAGAAAGACUUCAGUCUCUGAGAAGCUGGAGGGACCCCAGAGCUACAACUUUGUUUUUAAUGUUUUGUUGCGUUUCUUAUAUUGUAACAAUUAUUUUUCCCGCUCGAUUUAUCAUCUUUCUUUGGAUAACAUUUUAUCUCAGGCAUCCUAGAUUCCGAAGUGUUUUACCUUCCAUUCCGCAAAACUUCCUCAUGAGAAUGCCCUCCAAACGAACUCUAAUACUGUGA